AUGGCGACCGGUGAGAGGCGAUCAAAUCUCAGGUUGCUCAGGACGUCAUUGAUUCUGGACCAAGGCGACACACGCACGACUCGCCAUGGAGACUGUCUCAGACUGUGUACUUACAACGCGAGAACAGUUUCUACAGACGCUGAUCUGCAUGCCCUUCUCGGAGCUGCAGAGCGUAUCAAAUUUCACGUGAUUGCUCUGCAGGAGACCAAGUGCAGAAGGAGCGACGUACGACAGAUGAAUGACGGUACACUCGUCAUUCGUCGAGAGAAGGUUCCGUCGCGAAAUGUAGGCGGUGUCGGUUUUGUUGUGCACCCAUCUGUCGUCCAUCUCGUCGAUUCUCACGAGACCCUGUCACCUCGUCUGGCCAUUCUUCGCCUCCGCACUUUGCGCCAAAAAUCCAUCAGUAUCAUGAACUGCUACUCGCCAACAUCAGCAGCUGAUGAAUCCGAAUUGGACGCGUUUUACGAGGAGCUGGAGGAAAUAGUCCGCAACGAGAUGUCCUUCUACAAAUUCGCUGUCGGAGAGUUCAACGCAAAACUAGGAAAGGCCACAGAAGAGGAAUGCAGGAUUGGAAGAUUUGGACUAGGGGACCGGAAUGAAAAUGGCAAUCGUCUCGCCGGGCUGUUGUCCGCCGCUCGCCUCUUUCAUGGGAACUCUCUUUUCAUGAAAAAAGAUCAUCGUCGGUGGACAUGGGAAUCGCCCAAUGGCGCGACUCGCGCGGAGAUCGACCACAUACUUACUAACCGGAGGUGGUGUCUACUUGACGUCUCAGUAGUACCAUCCUUUUCUAGUGGUUCUGAUCACCGUCUCCUUCGUGCGAAAAUACGACUUAGCCACACGAUGGAAAAGAACAUCUGCUAUCGGCAACGAAGGAGAAAAGAAGUCGUCUACGACGAUUGCGUACUCGAGGACUCCUUGUCCCAAGGUGACUGGCACAUCGAGGAGGACCCAAACGUGGACUACGAGAUGCUGCUCAGAGGAUUACGAACCUGUGCUGAAAGUGCCUCGAAAGUGCGCACGACAAACUUGGAUCGAACUUCGAAGACCACCAAGGAAUUGUUGGAAAGAAGAAGGGUUUUGAGGCUUGAUCCGAAUGCAACGCACAUUGAGCGGUUAGUAGCAGACACUAGCUGCAGAAAAGCGUUGCAAGAGGAUCUUUUGAAGUACAGGCAGAAGAAGAUUCUGGAAGCAGCACAAAGAAGAACGAGUCUAAAGAAGUGCCGCAGGGAUUUCCGCGAAUAUAAUAUUCCGCUAGCAACCUUGCUGAGCGAAGACGGGACUCGCAUGUCUUCUCGUCGUGAGAUGAAAAUCAUAACGGAGAGGUUCUGCUCGAACCUUUUCCGUUCAUCAACUCCUGUGUCAAGCCCAAUCAUAUCCACUGGUGAAGCUCCACCACGGAUUCUCCCUUCGGAAGUACGAGUCGCUACUAGGACCAUGAAACCUGGCACAGCCCCCGGACCUGAUUUUAUAUCAGCAGACUUUCUUGGGAAAGGAAGGAUCCCAGACCACUGGAAGACCUCGCGAACCGUUCUUAUCCAUAAGAAAGGUGACCGAGAGACCUUCGGAACUACCGUCCGAUAUGCUUGCUGGGCGACGCUGGAUGAAGCCCAGCCUCAAGAACAACCUGGAUUCCGCCAGGGGUUCGGCUGCUUAGACCACAUCCAGAUCGUGUCGAGGGUCAUAGAGGUUUGCCGGGAAUACCGCCUGCCUUUUAUUCUAACCUUCGUCGACUAUGAGAAAGCCUUCGACAGCGUAGAAACGAAUGCAAUACUGUCAACGCUGGUCGAUCAAGGUGUGGACGUGUCGUAUGUGAGGACAUUAGCCAAUUGCUACGAUCGAUGCAUCAUUAAGACACAGUUUUUCCACCGCCCCCUCAUCAUACCCAUUGGAAAGGGGGUACGACAAGGCGAUAGUACAUCGCCGAAGCUGUUCACGGCUGCAUUGCAAUGGAUAAUGAAAUCACUUUCCUGGGAAGAAAAGGGCAUACGUGUUGAUGGAAGAUUUCUGUCGAACCUUCGUUUUGCGGACGACAUCGUUCUCUUUUCGAGCAGUACCAGUGAAGCAGAAACGAUGCUCAGCGAAUUGAACGAAGCAGGGAAGAGAAUAGGACUGCGAAUAAACAGAAAGAAGACACAGUUCAUGAAGAACGCCUACUGCGAGGACGGAGGAGUACAACUUGAAGGCUCCCAAAUCGUGGAAGGUUCGUCAUUCGCAUACCUCGAACCUUCUAUGAACAUGGAAAAUGACUUGAAGGAAGAACGGAAUAGAAGAAUGAGAGCAGCAUGGGCAGCAUUCGCACCCGUCAGGGAAGGUACGGACCAACUGAAGGACCGUGAUCUUCGUGCCCAUCUGUUCGACUCGACAGUCCUUCCAGCGCUCUGUUACGCAGCGCAGACUUGGGCAGACUCUGCGGCCACGUCUAGGAAGCUACUUACUACCCACAGAGCCCUUGAGAGAUGUUUGCUGAAGUUUAACCGGCGCACACAACACCUAGCCGGUCUUCGUAGCUCCGACUUAAGAGGAAUGUCCCGUCUUCGCGACCCAGCGGAAUAUGUAUCGAAAGCAAAACAUAGAUGGGCCGGUCACAUCAUGAGAAGAAUCGACGAUAGAUGGACUAAAAGAACUCUAGAGUGCAUCCCAAGGGAGGCUAAACGUCCCCGAGGGAGACCGCCAACGAGACGGGGCGACGUGUUCGCUACACGGAUGGACCAGCUGAGAGCUCAGCUGGAUACGGUUCAAGGACCUCGUCAACGUCACUCACGAAGCUUGAGAACAUCUUGGAUGACAAUGGCGAGGGAACGAAAAGAGUGGAAGAGAUGCUGGGGCCCGCACGUCCAGUGA